AUGACAUUGAAAUCUGUAUCUCUGUUGGAUGUUUUGGUUGUCUGCUGCAUCUACACAAUCGUUUAUUAUUUUAUAUUUGCUGGCUUGGAUGGAUCCUGGUUUGCCAAGGGCUGUAGUUAUUACGUGCAUCCUUUAAUCAUCUCCUCCAAAAUGGAUUUUAGUCAGAAUAAUUUAUUUGGAUACAUAGAAGACCUGCAGGAACUUACUAUUAUAGAAAGGCCGGUGCGCAGGAGUUUAAAGACACCAGAAGAAAUAGAGAGAUUGACUGUUGAUGAAGAACUCAACGAUAUUGAAAGAGCCGUGUAUCUACUCAGAUCAUGUUUCCAACAAUAUGUCAUUAUUGGAACACUGUCUGAGUAA